AUGACAGCAACUGAGAGCUUAAUGGGUAAUACAAGGAGGAAAAUCGAACUGACUUCCUCCUUGAUACUGGCAGUGUUAGUGAGCUGCCUGGGAACUAUCCAAUUUGGUUACCACAUUGCAGAACUUAAUGCACCUCAGCAGUUUCUCACUUGUAGUGAGGUCAAAUACCCACACGGUGACCCUGAUAUCCCAUAUGAUGAGACCCUAUUUGGGAGGCACGGCCUGGUGCAAUGCAUCCCAAUGACAACCGAACAAUUUGGUGUUGUUACAUCUGUGCUUAGCGUUGGUGGACUGAUUGGUUCAUAUAUUGCUGGUCAAUUAGCAGCCAAGUAUGGUAAGAAGAAGAUUAGUCAAGGAACCGCAUUCGUCUAUUUUAUUGGCUCUUUGAUGCUAACUAUGGCAAAUGGCUACUGGACCAUGAUUUUUGGUCGUUUACUUGUAGGUAUGGCCUCCGGAAUAUCUAUUGUCGUCAUCCCUGUCUACAUAAAUGAGAUCACACCUGCUGAAUAUAAGGGCGCUAUGGGUACAAUGAACCAACUUUCUAUCAACAUUGGUAUUCUUUUCACGCAGACUAUAGCGUUGGUAUUUACUAAUUCUUAUUAUUGGAGAUGGAUUUUGCUGAUAGGUACUGCAAUUGCACUUGUGAAUUUUGUAGCAUGGUCUACAAUUGAUGAAUCACCCAAAUGGCUUCUGAAAAGGGGACUCACCUCGGAGGCAGAAAUGGUUGUUUAUAAGUUACAUGGUGGUACUUACCAAGACGCGAAGGAUCAAAUACAGACGUGGCAGACUGAUAUGAACAGUCACCACGAACACGCUGACUUUGCUGGAAGAGAACCAACAUUAUGGGAGUUUGUAACCAGAGAAGAGUACAAGAAGCCGCGCAAUGUCAUAUUCAUGAUACUGUGUGCACAGCAGUUCUGUGGUAUCAACUCCAUUAUUUUCUAUGGGGUUAAAGUCAUAAGUAACUCACUACCGAAUAGUGCAGUUCUUGUCAAUUUUGGUAUUUCGGUACUGAAUGUAUUGAUGACAUUUGUGGCAUCGGUUAUUAUCGACUCGCUAGGUCGUAAACCGCUGUUGCUAAGUUCAUCAGCGUUGAUGGCAGGAACUUCAUUCUUGAUCAGUAUUGGUAUAUCCAAGGACGUUCCAAUACUGUUAGUGAUUGCGGUAUUUGCAUAUAUUGCAUCCUUUGCUAUUGGUGUAGGACCUAUUCCACUGAUGAUCAUUAGUGAACUGACAACGCAUGAGGCCGCCGCGAAGGCGCAAAGUUUUGGGACAAUUUGCAACUGGCUUGCUACGUUCCUUGUUGGCUUCUUGUUCCCUUCAUUCCAUGAGGUAAUGGGCGGAGCUGUGUAUUGCAUCUUUUCUAUAGUUGCAAUUGGCUUCGUGAUCUACAUCAAGUACAGAGUUCCGGAGACUAAGAACAAGACCAGCUACUCGGACGUAUGGAGAGGGUAUUAA